GUGACUAUGAACAUGGAAGAACAGAGCCUGAGUGUUGGAGUGACUGAUAAUUCCCACAUGAAAGUAAUGGAAAAAGAAGAAAAUGCUGAAAUAUACAUUAGGAGUUCAAAUAAGAAUAAUUAUGACAAUGGAAAUGAGCUUACUAUAACAGGCACACAGAGUGAACAGCUGGGCGCUGAAAAACAAGUAACAAGGGCUGGGAAUCUUAGCCUUUCUUGUAAAAGAGAGAAAUGCAUAAACACUGAGACAUCUGAUUCACUGACCAGUUCAUUAAUGCAAAUGGAAACAGAAGAAUAUUCGACAUUAAGCAGUAAUGACAUUUCAUGUCUUUUGAAGCAAAACAAAAAUGUAAAAGUGGUUUCUGCCGGGACUGAAUCCGUGGAGACAUAUUUUGUUGCCAGUGAUGUCCUAGCUGGCAAAUGUGAUACAAAACAACAGGACAUCCAAAGAGCAAAUCCAGAAGAAACAAUGGAAUGUCUGUGUUGCUCAGAAUUGUUGGAACAUGAAAUUAGUAAUAUUGCACUUGCCUCUGCAGACAAAAUCAUUCAGUCAUAUGGCUGGGGCAGUGGAUAUAAUGACAAGGCACCAAUAGCUGAGGCACAGGGUGUCCCCAAACUGUCACAACUUCCCAACAUAUGUACAGAAAUUGACAUCAACAAACAACUUUUAGAAGACACAUCAAAUAACAUGACAACAAAAAGUGCCCACUUAGCUGAAAUUCAGUGUCUAGCAAGAAAAGAUGAUCCAAUUUUGAAAGGCCAUGAAACUCAAAGACAAACAAAAGGAACUGAUGAAACCCCUGAAGAAACACUGCAAGCAAAGUAUGAACAAAUUGUUUCCAUGAAUGAAGAGACCGCCAUAGUGUUUCAGACAAUGAACAAUACAGAAGGUAAACAAGAGACUGAAACAAAUGAAGAGAUUAUCCAAGAUCAAGACAAAACUAAUCUUGCCUUUAAAAAUGGAGAUGGUAGCCAAGCAAAGGGUGUUACUGAUAUCCAAAAUGCUACAGCUGAUCACGAAAAAGGUACUGAGAUUCUUUCAGUGAAACAAAAAAGCUCAGAAAUUAGCAAAAGUGAGCAACUGGGUCUAAGUAAAGAAAGUCAAAAAGAACAAACAAGUAUUAGAGAUGAAUAUUUGGCAAACAAUGUCUGCAGACUUACCUAUGAUAGUGACUCAAAGCAAUGCAAUGCAUUUGCCAGUAGAACUGUCACAGAUGUAAGCCAAUAUAACCAGCCUGGUCCUGUUAAAUACGAAGUAACAGAAUUUGCUUUACCUUGUCAAGCAUCAAGUGUUGUCACAUCAGAUCAGACUGGCUGUGACAGGACACAGCUAGCCAUGCUACAAGACUCAGGAAUACCCAAACCAAAGAACAGAUGCACAGACACAAGAGAAAUGUUAUCCAUUCCCUUUGAAGUGAAAGAAAAGGAGGAGAGAAAGAAUCUAGAAUUCCACCCUUUGGGAGACAAGGCUCAGACAGAUAGCACAAAAAAAGUAGACGAGGAACCGAUUAAAGUUGCUGAAGCAAAGAAAGCAUUUGAUAAACAGGAAGUCUGCAGUGAUAAAGCAAAGUCUACCCUAGAAACAAAUGCAAAAGGAGCAAUGAGACGUGUUGUACGACAAAGCAAGUUUCGACAUGUUUUUGGCCAGGCAGUAAAAAAUGACCAGUGUUAUGAUGAUAUUCGUGUAUCUAGAGUUACGUGGGAUAGUUCCUUCUGUUCUGCUAAUCCUAAGUUUGUUGCAAUCAUCAUAGAAGCUAGCGGAGGUGGUGCAUUCUUGGUGCUGCCACUGCAUAAGACUGGUCGCAUUGACAAAUCCUUCCCAACAGUUUGUGGGCACACAGGUCCAGUAUUAGACAUUGAUUGGUGUCCACACAAUGAUUAUGUAAUAGCCAGUGGCUCAGAGGACUGCACUGUCAUGGUGUGGCAGAUUCCAGAGAAUGGACUCGCUCAUUCAUUGACUGAACCAGCUGUAAUUCUGGAGGGUCAUUCCAAGAGAGUUGGAAUAGUUGCAUGGCAUCCAUCUGCACGUAAUGUAUUGCUCAGUGCAGGUUGCGAUAAUGUAAUAAUAAUUUGGAAUGUUGGGACUGGGGAACCUUUAAUAACACUGGAUGAUAUUCAUCCUGACAUGAUCUAUAAUGUCAGCUGGAACCGGAAUGGUAGUCUCAUCUGCACAGCCUGCAAGGACAAAAAAGUACGAGUGAUUGAUCCACGAAGGCAGGAAAUUGUUGCUGAAAAAUCAAAGGCCCAUGAAGGUGCACGCCCUAUGAGAGCAAUAUUCCUUGCAGAUGGAAGCAUUCUGACAACCGGCUUCAGCAGGAUGAGUGAACGACAGUUGGCACUGUGGAAUCCGAAAAAUAUGGCUGAACCAGUGGCUCUGCAUGAAUUAGAUACCAGCAAUGGUGUGCUUCUGCCUUUCUAUGAUGCUGAUACCAAUGUAGUUUAUUUGUGUGGAAAGGGUGACAGCAGCAUUCGAUACUUUGAAAUCACAGGCGAAUCACCUUAUCUUCAUUUUCUUAAUACAUUCACCAGUAAAGAGCCACAGAGGGGUAUGGGCUUCAUGCCAAAACGAGGUGUUGACGUGAACAAAUGUGAAAUUGCCAGGUUUUACAAGCUUCAUGAGAGAAAAUGCGAACCCAUCAUUAUGACUGUGCCACGGAAGUCUGACCUCUUUCAAGAUGAUCUUUAUCCAGAUACUGCUGGGCCUGAACCAGCUCUGGAAGCUGAGGACUGGUUUGAGGGAAGGAAUGCUGAUCCCCUCCUCAUAUCCUUGAAAAAUGGAUAUGCACCAGGGAAGAACAAGGACUUCAAACUAGUCAAAAAGAAUAUCCUUGACAACAAGCUUGGGCAACAGAACAAAAAGAUGGACAGCAUCAUUCUCAGUACUCCAAAAAAAGUUGGUGACAUACAUAGUGAAUCCAAAUUGGAUGAAAUUUUGAAUGAGCUCAAAUCCUUGAAAGAGGUAGUCAGAUGUCAAGAAAAGAGAAUUUCCAAGCUGGAAGAACAGAUGUCUAAGAUUUCAAUUUGAAUACUGGAUUGGUGCAAAUGUACUUUGAUUCCCUCGACCUUCUAAGAGUCGCAAAGUCCUACUGUUACUCGUGAACACAGCAUUCUUCCUUGGCAGUUGUACACCAGUGUAACAUUCCAGUAUAAACUUUAUAUUCUUGCUAAGUGACUAAUCCAUUGUAAUAAAAUGAAUUGCUGUUUUUUAUUGCAGUUUUUUCAUACAUUUUUAAAGUGAUAAUGUCUUGUUCCAUAGUAUUUUUGUCAGUUUAAUUUUUGAGAGAUGUAAAAAAUUUGACUUGUAAUGUGCCCAGGUUUUGUAAGUAUGGUCCAGUACCACAUCAUUCCUAAUUUUUUUUAAUCUGUUGCCAAAAGGAAAAGUAGUACGUUUUUAAUACUACUUCAAGUAUUUCUUGUAAUUGAAGAUGUAGUGCUGUUUCGGCAUAUUUAAAAAUUGUUCAGAAAGCCAUUUUGUAAUCAAAUUCUCUGUUUUUAGAAGUGAGGGAAAAAAAAGAAAAACAAAGGGACUUCAAAUAACCUCACCAAUCUAAUGUAAGGGGAGCUCACUGCUGAAUUGCCCUAGAAAUACUUUUUUACCUGCUCUCUUGAACAUUUCAGCAGUAAACACACUAUCUGCAGGGUUUAAUGAAAAUACAGUAGAGAAGUGUGUUUAGAGCCACUAGUCAAAUGUUGUAAAUGUUGUGAUUGGUGGUCCUGUCCAGUAUGCAUUCCGUAAAUGUUUUUGCAAGCCCACUUGCAAUCUUAAGUUUAUAGUCUUAUAUUGUGCAGUGUGCCUGCAGAUGAAUUUUCAUUCACUGAACUAGUUCAGACGUCUUUUCUCAGAGCAUGUAAUACAUAGCUGCACAGUUUGUAGCGGUCUGGAGUUAAAUAGCCUAAGUAAAACAUUUGAUUGGUGUAUCAGUAAUGUUUUUGAUUUAAGGAAGUGAUGGUCAAAUCUGCGCAGAAGAGGAUCACAAUCAAGGAGCCUUCAGGUUUUUGUAAUUUCUGGUACAAGUCAUGUAGCGUUUGUCAUUUUUUCAUAAUGAAUAUUGAGUAACUUGUAACUACUACUGUAUGCUACAGGAAAAGGCCUCCUCCUUGAGUUUACAAUAUUGUCUUAAGUAGUUCUUAGAAGAUGACAUCUGUUUGCUUUAGAUGUGGGAGUUAAUAAACCAACACAGAAGGUUUCUUCUAGUCUUCUGUAGAAAAACAGAAGGGCCGCUGUAAUGUUUAAAAGCAGUUGUUUGUAUAUCACCACCCGUAGUGACAUUUAUGUUUUAACCUGUUGCCAUUUUUGUACCUAUCUGGCUGUAGAUUUGUAUUUACAGUUAGAGCAAAAUGCAGUAAUUUUGUACGCCACCUUCACUUAGUCAAAUGACUGCCACAUGCUCCUUAAGUUGCCAUAAUCUAUUUUACUGCAGUUCACUGAUGAUGCGUUUUCAGUGCAUGCUUUGGUAUACAUUCUUUUAUACCUUUUGCACUUAUUCAACAGGAAAUACUAUAUUCUGGGGUUGGUAUAUAAUGUUCUUGACUGAAAGCUUGAAUUUUCCAUUGUAUGCCAUGUUCAUGAAACCCUAAUGACUACACCAUCCUUUAGGUCAAAGGAAGAGUGAGUGCACACGUUAAAUGUGUGGCAUGAAAAUGGUUUUGAUGUAACUAAUUGAAAAAUUGAAAAUUGCUGUGCUGGUAUGUUUAAUCCUAAUUACAACUGAUGCUGAUCAUGCCAUACACGAGUGUGAAUGUACUUCUCUUUGAAACUGACAGGGUACGUAUUUGGUUUUCUUAUAUGCAGGAAAUCUGCUUCUGCCACAUUGAGCCAUUUUCCAAUUACUAAGCAGCAAUAAGUCUAUUUUAUAUCAUAGUCUCAUGUUUGAGGUUCUGUGAAAACAUAACAUACGUGUAAAGGAAGCAUCACCUUCUGUUUUAGAUCAGGCAGUAAGCACUGUGGUUUUAAUGCAUUGUGUUUUUAAAGGUGAAAUCAUGAACUGUCUGUGUACUGUUUAUAUGAAUUUUUCUUGGCCUCAGCCCAUUUUACCCACAACUGUUUAUUGUAUCUGAUUGCAGUAUGUUUGCAAGGAAUAUGACUUUUGUCACUAUUGUUGUCAUUUUGUGAACACAUACUGUACUUAAGAGUACAAAAAUGAUGUUUUAUGUUAAAAAAUACAGUGUGUUUCUGUUUAACAGGGACUUGGCUGUGUGUGUGUGGGGGGGGGGGGGGGCAGCAAGAUUACAUUCCUUGUUUGAGGUUAAGUAUGCAGCAGUUCUGCUGUUAUCUGUGGCAGUUGUUUUGUGUCUUUUAAAUAGUUUCCUUCUGUGUCCAUGCAUGCAUGGUUGAUAAUUUUAAUAUAUCCUGUUUGUUCAUAUGAUCUAAACUGUUCAUCAGCUGAAUGAAUGUAAGACUACUAAGUGAAGCACAAUAUUAGGAAAUUAUGAUUUAAUUGUACCUGUCAUAUUGCACUGCUUUACUGGGGUGUGUGCAUUUCUUUGUGUAAGGCUUGGUUGUAUGGCCGGUACCCUUUUAAGGUGUUGCUAGCAUUUGUACUGAAACUCCUUCAUAGUUCAUUAUUUUAAGAUGUUUCAGCAGUGGAGAAAGAGCAUAUAUUUAUGAAUUAUCAGCAUAAAAAACUGAUUUAGAGUUGUCUGUUGAAGAGAAUGGUCAUGUAAAUAAGGAGGUUGAUAGCUUAAAGCAGUAGAAUUAAAAGUUCAUGAUGUGUUGGGAUGUAGGAAGUAACAGAAUUUCAUUUGUGCAACUCAUGAAAUGUAAUGUUAAAUUAUUUGCACUUCUACUUGAGCUUGUUCAGCAACUAAAUGUGAACUGGACUGAUCAUGUUUAGCCAGAUAAAGCAGGUGGAGGUGUGUUGCUUGUAACAGUUCCUAAGGCUAAGGCUGAGACGUAAGGUGAAUUUUUGUACUUUGUAUGUACACAAAAGAGAUAGGUGGUUGGAGGGAGUUUGGAGAGGUUGCCCUCUGUCAGUAUAGCUCUGCGUGUGUAUAUGUACAUGUGUAAAUGUGUGUGUGUGUAUGUAUGUGUAUAUAUAUAUAUAUAUAUAUAUAUAUAUAAUAUCCCUGGUAGCAUAAAACUGAGAGCAAUUGAAAUGUCUACUUUGUGACUUAUCAUUCCUAUGCUUAGGAGUGAUUAGAUGUCUCUAGAAGGGAAGGAUGUUGAGAAGUCAGUUUUAGUACUUCAUCUCACCUGAACCACCUAAAGCCUUUAUCCCCAAGGGAAGCCACCCACUCUCCCUCCUGCCUAGGUCUUACAUUUAAGUUGCAUAUCUAGACUGUGUCUUGCAUCCAGGAGCACUUUUCUCUCCUUUUGCUGGGCAAAGAAACUCAAAUCAUACAACUGUAUUUUUCUGUUUUAGAAUUUGGCUUGGUUGGAUGAUAUGUCACAUUUUUUUUCCAGUUAACAUUGUCUCACAAGUCUGACUGGUUAUAUCUGAAAUUGUGCUUGAACUUAAUGUUUCAUCCCAGAAGAGAUGACACUAUUUUUACAUUGUACUGCGAGAUCUGCUCUUACAGAGCUGUCAUUUCAUUCUGUCCAAAAUUUGCUUCCAGUUUCAAAAUAAAGUAUUGAUUAUAA